CACUGUGCACUGUUUUGGUUUUGUGUUGUUGAAAGAAGCGUCGUCGGGGUUUGCAAGGUUAACCUAACGCUUUGGAAAUACAAAAAAUAUAAAUAUAAUUAAUUUGUAUUCCAUUUUACUUAAAUAUUUGGAAUACGUUCAGUAAAUUAUAUUUGAUAACUACAAAAUAGACCACCGGUGAUCAAAAAGUUGGAUUAAAAAAAGCCGGUUAAAUAUUUUUUAUUAAAAGUUCAUUAUGGAUAUGGACAUGGAUGAAGAUGAUCCUAUGGAAAUCGAUGACUCAAUUCCUGCAGCUCGAAUUAUAGAACGAAAAUCUGAUGAAUAUACACCAAGUGCUGAACCUAUUGAUUCAGCACAAAAAUCCUCAGCAGGGGUUAUAGACCCUUUGAGCGAUAACAAAAAGCAAAAAACAGAAGGUGCUGAUAUAGUAGUUUUAGAUGAUGACGAUGAGGAACCAAGGAAAGAUAAUGUUAAAGAAAAACCAGUAGAGGCAUCUGAAGCGAAAAAAGUAGAAGAAAUUGAAGAUAUUAUAGAUCUUGUUGAAAAACCCAACAGUGUUCGUUGUCUCAAUAGUGCUUGUGAUGGUAGCAAUACAGAAUUUUUAUUGGCUCCAGAUUUUUGUUUGUCAUAUUACAGGGUGAAAAGGUCUAAGAGUUAUAAGGAAGAAAUUUGUCAGGUAUGUUAUGAUAAGUCAGUAGAAGACUUUGAUAAAUUAACCACCAGUUUAAGAAGUGGAAAACUAAUAUUAGAGUGUGAUUACCCAAUUAUCAAUGAAACUCUGCAAAUAGAAGAUAGUGAUGAAGAAGAAGAAGAGGACGCAGAGGAGAAAGAUAUGCAGUAUUUAGAUAAAGAAAAUUUUGAUUUCAUCAGUCAGAAUAUUGAUCAAGUUAUUCAGGAGACACUCAGUAAAUUCAAAAUUGAAGAACAUUAUAAAUUAGAAACAGAUUUUUUGAAAAAGGAAUCAAAAAAAGUAGAAGGAGAAUAUGCUGAUUUAACAAAUGGUGUUUCUGAAAUUAGAAAAGUUUUAGACAAAAUACAAAUAGACCUUUAUAAUCAAUUUAGACCUGACUUUAGAACUUUGAAGGGACUCUCAAUCAUUGAUGAUCAUAGUAUGUCUCCAAAUAUUAUAGUGAAAACUGAAACUAGCAUGGACACCAGUCAAAGAAAAAGCACAAGAUCUCAUAAGCCAGUUUCUUAUGUUGAAUUGGAUGAAAUAGGAAAUUCAAAUAGUCCUAAGGUAGAUACUCCUCCUGUUGCUGAAAUGGAACCUCCAAAAGAUUUACCACAAAUAGUGCCAAUUGUAAGAACUCCUCCACAAAUUGGUGAAAUAUAUUACAUAGUCCGUGAAAAUUCCCAAAGCAAUUGGAUACGGGGUCGUUUACAGGUAAUAAUAAACCCAGGCAGCUUAUACAAUGGCUCUACUUACACUACUACUCAUUAUAAAUUGGUGGAGCUCAAACAGCAAAAAGAGCGUUUUAUAACAGGCAAACAAAUGGCAUAUUUGAACGCUAGUAAAGUACGAUUGCCUGUUGGUACAAGAGUAAUUUCUGCUUUUAAAGAAGUUAGGGCUAAUAGUGCUAAAACACCAAGACUCGAUCCUUAUUAUGCUGGUGUUGUUGCAGAGCAACCUUUUGAAGGAAAUAAAUACAGAUAUUUAAUAUUCUUUGACAUUGGUUAUUCUCAGUAUGUCAACUAUAAUAAAGUUAAUCUCGUUCUUGAAUCAAGUGUGAAUGUAUGGGAAGAUAUUUUCAUCGAUUCCAGACCAUUUAUUAGAAAAUAUUUGGAGAGCCAAGAUAGACCAAUGGUAAAACUAGCCAAAGAUCAAACUGUCCGAGUGGAAUAUAAUGGUAGAUGGUGGCUCUGUAUUGUAGUCGAUGUAGACUGUUCAUUGGUGCAAGUAUUCUUUGAGAUGCUCAAAAGAACUGAAUGGAUAUACAGAGGCUCAACAAGAUUGAGUCCAAUGUUUAGGGAAGAACAAGCAGCCACAAACAGAUCUACAGGUGUUAGAACGUCCAGAAAAAUAGGCCCUAAUGAAUCUCAGACAGUGGUUCAGUACACCAGAAAAGAUGAAUAUGGUGUACCUAUUGAAUCCAAUCAAUCCAAUCAAGACUCUCCAACCAAUGUCAGAGCUGUUGCUAGGAAAAGUACGACUAGGCCUCAAGUUAAUGUACAGAUUGAAGGAGCUGUUCCUUUCCUUCCCCAAGUUAAGGAUACACCAGCUACUACUGGACCUACAAGCAAAAUAAUGUACUUUACUCCCAGGGACCAGGUAAUAAUAAAACGGCAGUAUAAGCCUCACGCAUGUAGUGGUAAAUGCAAGGAGUUCCUCACUCACAACUUUAGCCAAUUACGUGGACACAAUCCCCUUUCUAAACCGUUAUUGUGUGGGUGGGGCAGGAUGACUCUUAAAGCCAAAGGUAGAAAAGAAAUCAUUUACAAGGCACCGUGUGGAAGAAUUUUAAGAAAUAUAGCCGAAGUUCAUUAUUAUCUAAGAGUAACGAAGAGUGAAAUGACUGUUGAUUUGUUUGAUUUCAAUCAUAUGGUCAGGUGUUUGGCGGAAUUCAGUGUCGAAUGUAAUCCAGAUCCCAAAGAUCUUUCUCGAAGUAUGGAACAAGUACCUAUACCAGUUAUAAACGGAAUAAAUAACGAAAUGUUAGAUUUCUGUAACUACUCAAUAAAGAGGGUUCCCAUGGAAGGUGUCCACAUGAAUUUAGAUACAGAAUUUGUGUGUGGAUGUGAUUGUGAUGAUGAUUGCAUUGACAAAACUAAGUGUGCAUGCUGGAAAUUAACCUUAGAGGGCGCAAAAUACACUAGCAGAGAUGUCGAUCCGAAUUCUGUUGGGUACAUCUAUAGGAGACUUCCAGAACAAGUUAUAACUGGAAUAUACGAAUGUAAUUCUAGGUGCAAAUGUACUGCGACAUGCCUAAAUAGAGUAGUUCAAAAUCCUAUGAGUUUGAAACUGCAAGUGUUCCGAACUCUCAACCGAGGUUGGGGUAUACGUUGCUUAAAUGACGUUCCACAGGGCAGCUUCAUCUGUAUUUAUGCCGGUACCAUUCAUACUGAAGCGAUGGCCAAUGAGGACGGUAUGGCAUACGGUGAUGAAUAUUUCGCGGAACUUGACUACAUAGAAACCGUAGAAAAAUUCAAAGAAGACUACGAAGCGGAAGUGCUAGAAGAAGAGGAAGAGGAACAGUAUAAACGAAAAUCGCCAAUUGAAGAAGACGAAGACGAGGAAGAAUCUAUGCUCAGAAAAAUUACUAGUAGUAGUAAAUACAGAAGAUAUAAUUAUUCUGAAGAUAACGAUUUUACACCUAGCCAUCCUGAUAAAAUAUCAAAGUCACAUUCAGGUAUAAGGACUAGGUUAAGGAGAAGAUAUCUAGAAGAGGACGUCAAAAUUGAUGUCGAAGAAAAAGUUAAAAAAGAAGAACCUAAACCUGAACCAAAAGUCGAUUCAGAUAUAAAAGUUAAAAAAGAUCCAGAUGUGAAAGUUGAAUUGAAGACAGCCCUCGAAGUACUAUCUGAUGGCAUUGAAACAGUCCUUAUUAGUGAUGAAGAAGAUGAAGAUAGAGAGGUACUGAGUUUUAAUCCAAAAGCUACUGGACCGGACGAAAAAGGGCCAACGUAUAUAUCCGUUAGAGAAUUGUUUGGAAAAGAAGAAUGUGUGUACGUGAUGGAUGCUAAAAACGCUGGAAAUAUCGGCCGUUUUCUAAAUCAUUCGUGUUCUCCCAACGUAUUCGUUCAAAAUGUUUUUGUCGAUACUCACGAUCCUCGUUUUCCUUGGGUAUCGUUCUUUUCGUCCCAGUUUAUAAGAGCCGGAACUGAAUUGACGUGGAACUACAACUACGACAUAGGAAGCGUUCCUGGACGGGUACUGUACUGCCACUGUUCUUCGUUAGAAUGUAAAGGACGUUUGUUGUAAUUUAUUUUUAAUAUCAAGUUUGGAGUUGUGAAAGUUGCUCGUUGCGAUCAACAAUCGAGAAUUUGAAAAUAUAAUCUUUAUUGAAUAUACACAUGCUCAUACAUAAAUGUAUAAGGCUCGUUCCUGCAGCAGUCAGAUUUAUAGUUACUGUUAAUCAGUUUUUAGCACAGUAACUUUUUGAAUUUUUCCACAAUAUAUUUCGGAUAUUGUAUUCAAACUACUUUUUCAGAACUACCUGAUUAUUUGAUGGUUAUCAAAGCAGACCUAGUUUGAAAACAUUCUGAAUUAUAUGGUGGAAUAACUUAAAAAUCUAUUGUCACUGAUCGUUUUUAAUUGAUGUGUGAACAAGCCUAAAGAAUAUUAAAUUUUUUAGAUUUAAAUUAAAAAAAAAUCGGCCUUUCCGAUAUCUUUAUUGAAAAAAUAUAUUUUUCCGAACUCGCUUCCAACGUUUCAUAGCGAGAAAACGGCAAAUUUCAGAAAACUUAUUGUUUUAACUAAUUUUGUGAUUGUGAUAAGACAUACCAUAAUUUAAAAUAAAAACUGUAUAAUAU